CAGCUCCACAGUAGUUCUCUUAAUACUCCGUCGCUGAAACGGCGGAAGACGGAUCAUGCGAAAAAAUCUACUGCUUCAGCUUCCGGAGUAGUAGAUGACACGAAAAAUAAUGCACGACCGUCAUCCAAAAAGAAGCAGAGCAAGAAGGAAUUGCAACUAUGGGAGCUGAAGAAUAAACUUCUGGAGAUGGAGAAAACGAAAAUCGAGAAGAAGCAGGAGUUGUUUGCUGUGCUGAAAAAGAUUUUGAAUCCUCGUCGAGUCGGCUCCUUGGCGGCGAAUUUCCAGAAUUUCGGGGACGAUAUCCCACGAAAAAACUGUUUCGCUGUGAUGAUUUUAUUGCAAGGUCUGCAUCACAAGUUUGCUACACAUGACAAAGAAAACUUGGCAUCCGUGCUCCCUAAGUAGAGAAAACACAGCUAAAAAUCCAACGUCUUGCAUGUGUAGCUGCAAGACAAACGGAUUUGCGUUCCGUUCUAUGCAUUGCAAGUUUACAGUGAAGCAGUUUUUUCUUGCGAUAGACGAGUUAGUGGAUUUGGUCGACUGUUUGGGGGAGCAGGCGGGGCUUUAUCCUGUGCAAAAGUAUCGUACUCGUAUUGCAAUCAUGCAUCACAAGUCUGUCUCUUAAGGCAAAUCAGCAUUACAAAUUUUAUCCCUCAUGCUGAGGAAAUUUGUAUAUGCAUUUUUUAUACGAGUACGAUACUUUUGCAAUUCAUAGGCUUUUUCAAGAAACAAGUCCUGCCUCGCCGAGAAGUGCCGCAAGUACUGGAAAUGAAAUGGGCACGACUUCUCGAAACACCAACAAGAAGAACCCCCUCCGGGGUUUGAACCUGAUGACCACGGAAUUGAUUUCCGAAGCCCAAAUAUCCAGGGAAAAAGCUGUGUUAGUGUAGAUCUUUUUGAGUGCCAGCAUCACAAAUUUGCUCUGCAUGACAGAGAAAGCCUGUCAUGCACUGCUAGUACGUGAAAACACACAUGAAAAGAGGAGCUCAUGGGUGUCUGGCAUGAAAAGUGUAUACUAUUUUGCAUUUUUUGCAUCACAGACCUACACAGUUUUUGUCUUGCAUAUCACAUCCUCGAGGAAAUGGAACACGAAGACCUCGGCAUCUACAACCACGCCCACAACGCCGAUCCGUCCGGUGAGUGGGACGGGUGGCGGGAGGUAGAAGAUGCAGAUGCAACGGAUUUCGACAGCACAAACAAAGCCAUCGCCGCGGUGAGUUCGUCUUCUUCAUCAAGAGGGAAUCAUUCUUCCUCGAAGAUGAACUCCUCCCACGUCAAGCAAUCGUCAGGGAAACAGGACAACUUGCACUUGCUAGCUUCUUCCUCCUCUACUUCCACCCCAGCUGCUAACACGAUGAAACAAAAACAGUUUGAAGUGCACUUCUGGCGGAAAACAAAUGUCAUCGAGGAAAUGACGCAGGCGGGGUACCACGAAAUCACAAUCAACCAGAAGAUCUGUAACCAACCCGAGCAGAACGUGCCGAAGGGGCAUCGGAAUUCCAAACCCUGCAGCAACCUCACGGUCCGGGAGGAAACCAUAUGACAGCGCACGACCUCCCCCUUGUUCUCAUUUCUCAUGCAAAAUCCCAAGUCCAAUUCGGUACCUUCUUUCACUAGUAUGCAUGACAAAGUCCGGAAGCGGCCUAAACAGUACUACUACACAAGGCACAUAACUUUGUCAUGCAUAGGCUCUAUGUGUGCUGGUGUUUGUAUUGCUGCUCAUGCCAUACAUCAAAUAAGGGGGAGGGGGGGUUGUGCACUCUCAUAAACCAUGCUGCUAGCGCAGAUGCUGCGAGAGGAAGAGGCAUUGUACAACCUCGACAAGGUGGAAAAUAUCUGGCGAACUUAUCCUGUGCAAAAGUAUCGUACUCGUAGUAAUUGCAGUCAUGCAUUACAAAUUUUUUUCUCAAGGUAAAUCCGCAUUACAAAUUUUAUUUCUCAUGCUGAGGGAAUUUAUCAUGCAUUUAUACGAGUGCGAUACUUUUGCAGUUCAUAGAACUGUAUCCCAAGCAAAAACGUCCUCACGACCCUAGAGUUGUCGUGCAGAUUUGCAAUCGCAGGAGCAUUUGCAAAAAAUCGCACUCCUACGCGUUGUAUGCGAAGCAUUUUUUUCAGUCGUGUACGUGUUUUGGAAGUUGAGGAAGUUGUCAUGCGUGGCUUGCGAGGUUUCUGGACUUGUGUUGCUAAAUUCCCAACCUGACUCUGGAACAACGGGGACGACGUUUUUCAUGAGGAUAAAAGGACGAGCCGACCGACGCCGGCGCCGCGUUUUACCUUCUCGACAGAACCUUCCGGAUCGCGAGAAAAUCCGACGAGAACUUUCCCUUCAUUCUCGCACGCCAGCUCGGCUUUGGCGCUUCCAAGGGGGAAUCCGGGUUGGAUACGCCGCUGACACCGAAACAACGGGUUGCGAUGGAGAUGAACCUGUUUCAGAUGAAAAAGCUGCCGAUUGAGGGGGACUUGAUGGUUAUGCAAGGAAAAAACUGUGUAAGUGUAACUCUCUUGGAAGAAUAGCAUCACAAGUUUGCUCUGCAUGACGCAGAAAACCUGUCAUGCGUAGCUAGUACUUGAAAACACGUACGAAAAUAGCCUCUGACGCAUGCCCAGCAUGAGGAGUGUAACAGUUUCGCAUUUUCUGCAACACAAAGUUACACUUACACAGUUUUUUUCUUGGAUAAUGGUGAAAGUGGAGAAGGAAUUGAUGUACCGGUAUAGCUAUGCAUUGCAGAAGCAUCGUACUCGUAGAAGUUGCAUUUGCUUUUGCAGCGAUGCAUCACAAAUCCUCUAUGUUUGGUAAAUCGACAGCAUUACAGUAGAGCCCAAUUUUCUUCUACUUGGCAAAGUUUGUCAUGCAGUUUAUACAUAGUGUGAUGCUUUUGCAAUGCAUAAUAGAAAUGCAGAGAAGGACAUCGGGCAAAUUAUGAAACGGCACGAAGAAAUUGCCCAGCAGUUAAGGCGGAUAGAGGAAGAGGAAGUGUGGGAGAGAUAUGCCGACGGUAUUUACAUAUCAGGAUGAUCUAUUUUGAGAAAUGAUAUGCCGACUCAUGAUGAUCUAGCAUGAGAAUGACGAUGUUUUGUCAUGGGCGGGGAUCUGCUAGAACAAUUAGACUCGUCAUGCGUAAUAUCUCGCAAAUGAAAUGAAUUCAUCGCACGCUAUCAGGUCCUCCGCAACCCCGCGCGAAAGCGAAGGCGAAGGUGAAAGCCAAGGCGAAAGCGAAAUCGAAAGCGGCCCUAGCCGCCGCCGCCGCAGCGAAAUUGAAACAAGAACAUAUGGAUUGCAAAAAUGUCUGGGUCUGGAAAAGUGCAGGAGUUUGUCAUGCAUAUUUUGCAUGCCCCAUGAGGUCUGUGAUGCAUGCCCUAGCAUGAGAGAUUUUGCGAGGGUUUUCUGAUGCUCAUACAGCAUGAGAAAUGCCCUCUCCGCGUAGCACGAAUUACACCUCUUUUGCUGUUCAUGCAAUACAGAUUUUAUGUAGAAGAGUUGUCCAAAGGUUGCAUCACAAGUUCCAGUCUUCCAGACCCAGACACUUUUGCAUUUGAUAGAACAGGAAAGGGAACUACAUCAACAGCAGCUGCAACUGAUGAAAAAGUCCAAUGGUUCUACUUCGAACCUGUCACCUAUAAGCUCCGGCGGUGUGGUUCCGCCUGGUGACCAGCCGAAUCUGACCUCUUCGUCCAAUCUGGUGAAUGACAGCUCCGUUUCCCCCUCUUCAGAACAGGAGGUCGCGGCAAAAAUGCAUGCGAAACAACUACAUCAACAGGUGGGUAGUAACACAACAACUUCUAUCACCACUACUUCUACCGCUGCCACAAACACCUGGAUUGCUGGAGCGAACAUCUGGAAUGGGGUCAUCCCGAAACGGCCGAACGGCUACCGGCUUCGAGAAAACCGGGAGAAAAGGGAGCGGGACGGUUUGAAAAAACAGCUCAUGCAGGAAAACAGUGAUCUGACCAACUACAUCAAUUAUCGGCGAUUGGGGAGUCACCGGGAAAUGAUGGAGAAGAUUUUCACGCGGAUUGAAACUUUCACGAGGAAAAACACGGAGUACAACAAGUACAUAUCUUCCUCCAAAUACUUGAAAACCCCGGCGCAGCUCGUGCUGUAUUUCCUCCACCAAUUUGCGGUGAAAAAACACCGAAAAUCUAUGAGCGAUAAGGUGUACUUGUGGUGUUACGAAAAACUAGCCUAUCUGAACUACAAGCCGGAGCGGGAAAAGGACUACGGCUUUGGUUCACACGAAAAGACUUACGACAAUCCGAAGUCUUACUCCUGCGCUAUUGCGCACGAGCUGCUGUGGCAAUUUUAUGUGUUGCCGUACUACGAGACGAACACGGAAAGUUUCCGGCAGCACCGAGACAUCAGCAGUGCGGCUUUUGACGUGUUGAACCAAACCCGGCCGAUGGACCAUAACGUCGAGAUCAAGCCGGCCGUGGCGCCGCGGGGAUUGGUACUGCAGAAAAGACUGAUAGAGCUGCAGGCCGCGGCUGCGGAUCAUGGUCAAGAACAUGUUUUCUCCUCCUCAUCGUCUCCGAACAACUCGAGCAGCAACCGGGGCGCAUUGUCAUCUUCGCGAGGUGGAUCUUCCGGGCAGGUUGAGGACAAAAAUAAAGCAUCGUCCUCCGGGAAGAUGAAAAUGAAUAGAACCAGAAGCAGCGGUAGGAACACUAAAAACGACAGGCAAGAACUACUCGCCCUCGAUAAGGAACACGAGGCUGCAUCAAACCUUCUACUCCCAAAUAACUCUCCGGGCAACUUAUUCGAGGCGGAGCACAACUACGCGCUGGAAAGCAGUCCGGAGAUGAGCGACGUGAUGGGUCGUCCUGAUAGAAGUUGUGGUCGUGUUGAACAAAUAAUAGGCCGCCAUCCAUUCUACACGCAAGAUCAUGUAGUUGAAGAAGACCUGUUCAACCUAGAAGCAGGAGGGGAACUGAUAGGCGGACGAGGUACAACUUCUAUCGACGAAUCCUACCCGAUCGAGUCCAUGUUUGACGUUGCGAGCCGACUGAUUGAGGGCGAGCAUGAGACCAAACCGGGCGGGGAUAAUGGAGUCAACAACACGCCUUCAGAUUAUGCCGGCAGCGAUGUAUCUGCUAGUGCAGACGAGCUGGGGCAGGACGAGGAGGAAAUCAAUCCCGACGACGAGGAAGAUCUUGAAGAAGGAGGCUCUGCACCUCCUCCCGCGAGUAAGAGGCAGAAGGGUAACCCACGACCAGUGGGCGAUGACGGUGACAACAUUCCAGGGCGCGAAGAAGAAGAUGUUGACGACGCACUACCGAAGGCUGAUGAAGACGAUGAUAUGCAAAAAAUCGACGAUUCAAUCGAUGACGAGCUGCAAAAAAUCUACUUUCCGAAUGAGGAUUGCAGUAAUAAAGAUCACAAGCGCCGGCGCUUAUCGGAGUAUGUGUGGAACAUGCAAAAUCACAGUUCGAAGGAGAUUGAGAAGCAAAACAAGAAGGCGACUAAAGAGAAGAAGAAAAUGAUUUCGAGAAAGGAAAAGGAAAACAUCAUGGAGGCAAUGCGGCAGGAGGAAUUGGCGAAGUGGUGGAAGAUAUGCAAUGCAAAAGCAACAUCGUACUUCUAGUAUAAAGCGCAUGACAAAUUCUCUCGAAUUUGACAAACGCAAUUUGUAAUGCGGGUUUCCCUUCAAAGUGCACCAUGCCUACGAUUGCUACGAGUGCGAUGCUUUUUCAGUGCAUAGCAAAAGGAGCUUGGAGAUGUGGAAUUCUCGAAGGUGGUCAAGGAAAUCAGACUAAAACAGGAGCAACAGGAAGUAGUAGAUCAUGGUGGAGACUUUGACGAGCAAGCAGGCUCUGGACCUUCGCCAGUAGCAGCACGACCUGAAGUGGUAGCGCAUGCGUCCUCAGCAUCUGGCUCAGCAUCUGCCGCUUCCUCGGCAUCUGCAGGCGCGGCAUUUCCUGGCAAUACACACACAGCAACUACAACUUCUGGGGACCACGUGGACGUCCCAGCAGUUCCAAAUAUUAUGAAGACCACAUCCAACAAACGCCGUUCUGAGGCGGUUGCUGCGGUAUCAGCUUCACGCCCGGACUCAUCUCCUUUCCAGGUGGCACAACAGGUCCCUGGGUCCUCAUCUGCGCUUCAUUCUGCCAGUUCAUCUCUACCGGUUGUACCUGCCCCGAAUACUACUAAAAACCAAACUACUUCUCUAUCGCAACACCAGCAGCGCCAGAAUAGCAAACCCCUUGCAGCUGUAGCUGGACCAGCUUCAUCCGCUACGAGCAACAUUACAAACGCCCAGGAGCAUCAACAACUACAACACGUAGCCCAUACAUCUAAGCGGAAAAAAGAGCUCACCUACGUGAAGACCGGUGGCGGGUUCAUGAUUCAAGAUGGCGAUGAGGGCGGCGUAUGCAUUGCAAAUACGUCUGGGUCUGGAAGAGAGCAACUUGUCAUGCUAAAUCUGAAGCAAACGAAAAUCUGUGUUGCAUGAUUACCAAAAGUCGUCCAGUUUUGACCAAGUCGGGAGGGAGUUUCUCCUGCAGGAUAUGCAUGAGAGAGGUCGCACAGGAUCUGUCGUGCUGGGUACUGCAUUCCAGACCUGAUGGGUCAUGGAAAAGCUGCAUGACAGAUCGCGCACUCUUCCAGACCCAGACACAUUUGCAUGUGAUACGGCGCGGGCUUCGGCCAUGUCCAGGCGUACGCCUACGCCACCAAACUGCUGCACAAGCGUUCGGGAGAAAAUUAUGAGGAGUUUGCGGCGAAGUUUAAAGAAAAUUCAGUCAUGCUGGUGUCUGAGAAGGUUUUGGGAAUGAAAGAUGGCGCUGACGGUACUACAUCUUCUUCAACCGGGAGAGCAGCUGCUGCUGCUGCGUCCUCUUCUAGCAUCAAGGCAAAAACGUCGUCCGUAUUGAGUGGAAGAACCGGAACAACAGCAGCUCCAUUAAUCCGGAGCGGCAGCGCGACCCCAUCUGGCGCCGCCCAAGAAGUACCACCUGCACAGGGAUCUUCGUUCCUCCCCGAGGUGAAAACGAAGCUGAAGCAGUUCACAAAGCCAAAAGUCGCGAUCAUCGACAUUGACACCCAUCACGGAAACGGAACGCAGGUGGCGCACUACAAUGACGGGAACGUGCUGACCAUCUCGACGCAUCGUGGCCUAUCAACUGUAAAAAUGUCUGGGUCUGGAAGAAUUCAUGUUUGUCAUGCUUGUCUGGCAUGACUCUUAAAUUUGUCACGCACGUUAUCCAAGAGCUGCGUUUUUCUGUGAUGCAGAAGCGCAGUUUGUCAUGCAGAAUAGGCAAUACCUAGGAGCUCAGACACUUGUCAUGCGGGGCCAGUAUUUGUAGCCUCAUCAUGAGACGCCACCCAGCAUCACAAGUUUCCAGGAGACCCAGACACUUUUACAUUUGAUACGGCCAGCUGAACUACGAAAACAUGGGCAUGGUGGCGUUUAGCGGGUCGGGCGAGGUAUGCAGUGCAAAAGUAUCGUACUCGUACUAAUUGCGAUCUUGCAUGACAAGCCUACCUUUUUACCUGAAUUAGCAUUACAAAUUCCAGCUUUCUUUCAGAAAAAAUUUGUAAUGCAAUUUAUACUAGCACGAUACAAUACUUUUGCAAGGCAUACGAGGGGGCGGGGUACAAUAUCAACAUCAACAUGAUGUUUGGUGACGGUGAUUUUGCGAUCGUACAGAUUUUGACAAAGGUGAUUCUACCCUUGCUGCGGACUUACAUGCCGGACACGAUCAUAGUCCCGCUCGGAUUCGAUGCGCUGGGGGUAUAGCAUUUUGCUUUCUACUUCUACCUAAAAAACUUGAAACUGUUGUACCAGACCCACGAAAUGGGGGUAUAGGAUUUUGCUUUCUAAACUUGAAACUGUACCACGAAAAAAUUUGCAUGCACUUAAAUAGCGAAUCAAAAUCAACAUCAAACAAUGAUGUACAAUAAUUCUGGGCGUUGUCAUGUCCUUGCGACCUCCCAUGUUCUAGGUGGUUCGGGGCGUUGAUGUUUAUACAUAAAUUCAAAAACUUUAUUCAACAAACAGACCGGACUGGAGCAAUCGUGUCCGGGGUGUGACCAGGCUUGGUCGCCCCAAGUCUACGGCACGAUUAUCCGGUACUUGAUGUACCACUGCAAGAACGUGAUUCUUUCCUCCGAGGGUGGGUACGCGUGUGAACUGAUCAAAAUGGCUUCGGCGGCGUGCAUGCGGGCCUUGCUCGGAAACCCGUUAAAGGAUAUUGACGUGGACGGUGGCGCGCCGGACAACCUAUCAAGUGCAAAAGUGUCUGGGUCUGGAAUGUUGAAGCUUGUGAUGCUAACUUUGAACUCUAAAAAAAUCUGUAUUGCAUGAUCAGCAAGAGGAGUCGAGUUUGUGCUACGCGGGGACGGCAUUUGUCAUGCGGAAUAGGCAUCAGGAAGUCCUCUAAAAAUCUGUAAUGCUUGGCCAUGCAUUACAGACGUCCUGGGUCAUGCAAAAUAUGCAUGACAAACCCGGCAACAUUCCAGACCCAGACAUUGUUACAUUUGAUACAACCAACCGCUCUGCAACUACUUGUUCGAACGGAUCAAAGCGAUGCAAACGACCCUGAGCUUCGCCUUCCCGCAGUGGAAGGAUUCGUUCUUGUACCUCAGUAGACCGAUUGAACUGGAACCAGAGCUGUUGGCGAAGAUGAAGGAGUGUCACGGGGAGCAUUACCGGUACGGACUAGAGCUUUUGGAGCUCGAACUAUGCAAUACAAAUUUUCCGUACAUGUACAAGAUACAUCACAAAUUUCACCAAUUUGGAGUGUAACACUUGUCAUGCUAAACUAGGAUCGAAGCCCAAUUUUGUCAUGCAGAUACCGCAUUUGUACUUACGUGUACGGGAAAUUUACUGUCGAUACGAACACCACCUCGAGAACAACCAAGCGUUGAUGGCGUGCGCCGUGACCUAUCAACUGCAAAAAUGUCUGGGUCUGGAAGAGUCGAGACUUGUCAUGCACAUUUUGCAUGAUUCGUGAGGUCUGUGAUGCUGGUACUAGCAUCACAGAUUUUUUGAGCAGAGCUUCUUGAUGCUAAUUACGCAUGAGAAAAGCCCCCCUUUCCGCGUGCCAAGAACUGACUCCUCUUGCUGCUCAUGCAACACAGAUAUUUUUAGAAUCCGCAGACAGCAUUACAAGUUCCACUCUUCCAGACCCAGACACUUUUGCAAUCCAUAUGACCCGGCAGAAGUUGAAAGGCAGCGUGGACCCCCCGGCGCUGCACCGGGGUUGGAAAAUCGAGGACAGAAAUGUGAAGCGCCCGGUAUCAUUUGUAAAACCGUCCCGACAUCAGCAGAGUUAAGAUGGGAAAUCUGCUAGACAAAUCAACCAGCUUUGGUCGUUUGGCAUGGCAAGUUUUUCCUUGUAGUGUAAUCUUAAUCCUGUUUAAGUAGUUCAGCAGCAACACAGAUCUAGCCUAUCAUGCUGAUUAUAGCAUCACAAAUUCCAGAACAUGGCUACUAGAGAAUGCCUCUCAUCGCGCUCCGCAUGACAAACUUUUUUGGCAUGCAGAUUUGCCUGACAACUCUGCGGUAGGGACGUUUUUACUCAGGAUAGCCGGCGUGCCGGAUUCACGACCCGCGGCUGACAAUCGCGGAAAAGAAGAAUAUGAAGGCGAUGGAGUCGGCUUUGUUGCAACAGUGGCUGGAACACUACUCUCUACCGGAGGAGUAUCGUGAGAAAAAACUGUUUCACUGUAAGGAUUUUGCAAGUUUUGUAUGACAAAUUUGUUACACAUGGCAAAGAAAACUUGCCAUGCGUACUUCGCAAUGGAAAACACACUGAAAAAGCCAAUGUCUUGCAUGUAUAGCAAGACAAACGCGUUUGCGUUCCAUUUUAUGCAUCACAAGUUUACAGUGAAGCAGUUUUUUCUUGCGAUAAGGAGUGGCAGGAGCGCUUUUCGAAACAGGACGAGGUGCGGAUGAGAAUUGCCCGGGAAAGAUUGGUAUCCACUGCAAACUAAUAAAUAUGUCUGCGUCUGGAACUUGUCAAUGUCAUGCCAAGUCUAGAUCGUACACAAGUAUGUGUUCUUGCGUGAACGCCAAAGAAAAGUCCGUCACAACUCCCGAUACAAAGGGCGAAUCUCUCAUGCGGAAAGAGCUUCGUAAUUAAAUUACGAAGCUCUUCCGUAGUAUGUGACGCGCUUUCGUGCAUUCGCAUUCCAGACGACCACCAUCUACUGUGUGAUAGAUCCUAGUCCUACAGAUGAUGCGUGACAAUCUUCCAGACCCAGACAUGGUAUUUGCGAAUGCAUAAUUGGAGGAGGAGCAGUUUCUGCGCGAGCAGCAGGAGAGACAAAAGAUGGAGCAGGAACUAUCCUGUGUAAAAACGUCCCCACACCAGAGUCAACAUGGGGAAUGUGCUAGACAAAUCACACAGCUUUGGUUGUUUGGCAUGACAAAUUUGGACGCGUAGUGUGGUGCUGUUUGAGCUAGUUCAGCAGCAUUACAGAUCUAGUAUCUCAUGCUGAUUGGAGCAUGACAAAUGUCAAAACCACAUUAGAGAAUGCUUCUCAUGGGGCUCCGCAUGAGAAAAAUUCUAAGCAUGCAGAGUUGCAUGACAACUAUGGUGUGGGGACGUUUUUACACAGGAUAGGAACGGCAGGAAAAGGAAAAACAGGCUGCACUUGCUCUCGAGCAGGAAAUGAAACAGCAGCAGGCCGCGAUGAAACAGAAUACAACCGCAUAUGAAAGCCUCAGAAUGGAAAUCCUCCAAAGGGAAAUGGUUUGUGAUGCAUGAAAUGCGACGCAAAAAAGACUGUAUUGCAGAGGACGCAAUGGAGGCUGACUAUUGUCCUGCUAGGGGUGAAUAAUUGGAGUGCUGCUUAGCACGACAGAAGGGCACCCCCUUGCCUUAACCUGCAUGACAAACAUGCUGUAAGUGCCCGGGAAAUUUGUCAUGCGCCUACUACAAAUGCCGCUUCAACUGGAGUCGUUUUUUUGCAUUACAAAGCAUUUCCACUCUGAGGAUUUCCAACCUGAGGCUGGCAUACCGCAGCUUCUUCUUCGAACAACGCCAAGGCGCCAGCGAAGAAACCGUCUAGUAGCAUCAAUAAAGCUAUAAAAUGCAAAAAUGUCUGGGUCUGGAAGAGUGCAUCUGCAUGUUUGUCAUGCUUCUCCGGCAUGACUUUUAAAUCUGUCAUGCACGUUACCCAAGAGCCCCACUUUUCUGUCAUGCAGAAACGCAGUCUGUCAUGCAGAGUAGGCAACACCACCUAGAAGCUCAGAAACUUGUCAUGCUGAGCCAGCACUUGUGGCCUCCUCUUGAUACGCCGCCCAGCAUCACAAGUUUCCAGACCCAGACACUUUUGCAUUUGAUAAAAGCCUCCCGUGCUGUGGUCCAGCAAACGCCGGCCGCGAAUAGACAGAAGGCCGGGGGUCUGCUCCACAAAAACCUCCGUGCCGGGAUCACUAACACCGCUAGCCGUGCGAAGCCGAGCGCAUCGAAAGUGGCAUCAUCUUCAUCUGCUGGCGCUGGUGUGAUUAAAGCUGGUGGUGGUGGUACUUCUAAACAAGCAGGCUCGCGCUCCACUUCAGUGGCCAAGGCCGGCGCCCCGACCUCAUCUACAACUUCUGUUGUAGCUGCGGGUAAGAAAAGUACUGUGUCGUCACCAGGACGAGGACGAGGAGGUGCGCAACCCCAGUCCCGUGGAGGUGCAGCUGUGUCCUCGUCGAGUAGCAGCAGCUCGAAUAGCGCAGGAGCCUCCUCCUCCUCGGCAGCGAAUGGAAAUGAAAAUGCGAAGCCAACUGUGGUAUUAACGGGUGGGAAAAAGCAGGGAAAAAUUGAUUCAUCUCAAGGUAGUCAGCAGCAGUUGCAGAUGAACAAGAAACCGUUAACUAGUCCAGCGAGAGCCGCGAGGGGAAACAGCAAAAACGCCCCGAAGAGGUGACCUUGACGAGGAGUAAAAAGCUCGUAUAAUUAUUUCUGCGAAAUAAAUAAAAUUCAUUUCACGCAUUCGAACAACGUAGUCAUCUAGGGCAAACUAACCAUCGCGAUUAUAUGAUCCACCAGGUAUAUUUAUAAUUCUGUCUUUUUCUUCGUACGGUAUGGUCCACCUCCGCGCUUCAGCAACAAAAGACGAUAAAGUAGUACAGUUGGACCCUCCUUUAACACUAGUUUUAGAUUUAUUAAGCGUUCCAUCUAAUCUACUUUACCACCCUUGGAAUUGAUAUUGAUGUCAAGAGCACCACCAGCAUCGAUAGACCUAUCUUUUGGAUAUAUUUACAUUUACUUUCUUGUCAGCAGUGGCGCUUCCGCCGCAGCGUGUGGUUAAGUAAGGAAGUCACGCAUAGUACGGAUACUUAGUGCAAGCGUUUUCUUACAGGCAAAAUUACCGAUUAGUACGGAUACAACUUUUUUAGCAUUAGCUCGCUAUAUCAGGAGACCUUUUAAUACUUGAAGGUCAUUUCAUCUGAAAAAAAGCGAAAUCCUUGGCACAAGAAGAAACAGAGAUGUAUAUGCAAUUUUACUGCUGACUCAUACUCAUUUUGCACGACGAGCUGAAAAACUUUUGGUCGUGCAUCACAAGUUCCAUUUUUUUCCCGACCCAAGCAUAUUUGCAACGCAUAUUCCCUGCCUCCAGCCGUCAGGGAAAAAUACCUAACAAGAAGCAGUAUAAAGAACUAGAUAUAACUCGUAUGUUUUUGACGCUUUUCAAUGAUCGUUAAUAUUGUUUUUUUUCUCUAAAAUGACCUACGCACUUUGCGACGACUUUUAUCAUUUUUUUUUGCAUCCAAACGACAACGAGGAAAAGAACUAUGAGUAUAAAGUAAAAGGGACCGCGUUGCUUGUGUUUGUCAGCUCCAGCAUCCCAAUAGUAUCUAGAAAUGAUUUUGAAAGCGCUGUGUGCUAUGAUCUCUCUUCUCGUCGUAAUAGAGUUGAUGGCACAUUGCGCAAACAAUGCUAAUCCUAGUCACUCAUCGAAUCCUAGUCGCGUCACGGCUAUGGAAAAACUCAAGCCAACUUCAUUUUGAAGACAAUAUUUUUUCUGCGAAAUGAACGACAUUUAGAAGUAACAGUAAGCACGACACGAAAGAAAAUAUAAAAAUAGCUCCUCCUGCGUCGGUAAUUUUUGACAACAACAAUGUAGAAGACCGCGGCCCCUGCCUUUCAUACUCUUACACUUAUUCCCCCCUGGGUAUUGAGUAGAGAAAGAGCUGGCACAGAGCGGAAUAAACGCAAGGAGGUGCUAGAGGAAAUGACAAUACAAAGUUUCGAAGAAGAUGCUGCCAAUGCAUCGAGUAUGCAUUUUUCAUUUUUACGUGCUGCACUUUGCGCCGUAGGAUUUUCUCGCACAAAUUUUCGACCCAGUUUUGAAAUG